GUCGGCGCGAGCAUGCACGCCCACGCCCUUCUCGAGUGCUCGAGGCGCAUGGCCCAGAUCAUGGGCGACCUCGACAACACGCUCCUGCGCACGGUCGCGUGGCAGCAGACGCUCCUGCUCGUCCUCCAGUCGGGCAUGAUGAGCGGCAACAAGCGCGACCUCGAGCGCACGCAGGCGUUCGCCAGCAUGCCCAUCACGUUCGCGCGUCGGCAGGGUUGGCUCAACGAGCCGCACCUCGACGAGCAGGCCGAGGAGCUUCUCUCGGUCGACGAGCGGUGGAAGAGGUGGCGGGACAGGGAGGAGGUCAAGCGGCUCGGCUUCGGCGCAGUUGUCUUCGAUUGCGGCGGGACGGCCCUGUGGAACAUGGACAGCUCGUCGCUGUACCUCGACGCGGCGAGCACGCCCCUCCCUUGCCACGACACGCUCUGGGACGCUCCCUCGGCCACCGCAUGGUCGUCCCUCUUCCCGCACUCGGCCCUCCCUCCUGCACAGCCCACGCUCUCGCACGCCGUCCACCUCGCCUGUUCCUCGUCGUCGCUCCUCACGCUCGAAGCUUCGGCGACCCUCAUGGCCGUCUCGCGUGACGCGUUCGCGCUCCAGACGGUCUUGAGCGUCCUGCACUCGCUCGGCUUCGAGCGCAGCCAGGCCAAGGCGGUCGAGGCCGCCUUCCUCGACUUUGGGCGCGCCGGCAAGGGCGACGACAAGGGCAAGGGCCGGCAGGGUGCCGAUGGAGACGAGGGCGAGGCUGCUCUCGCCGCCGGCGUCAGCUACUUCCAGGACCGUAUUCUCGCGCCCGACAUGCUCGCACGCCUCGAGGAGCCGGGCACGGCCAACGCGUCGCUCGCGCUCCUCGUCCACCUCACCGCCCUCACGCAGCGCCUUCCUCUUCGCGUCCUCAGCCUCUCGCCCGCACGGCGU